GGAGGUGGGUGAAAGGAGAGGAAUGGGAGGGGAAGCAGCUGCUGCCUAGUUCAUUCCCAGUACAGCCUCUGCUUCUCGCUCACCACGCACACACAUACACACAUACUGGUGUUUAGUGGUGGUGGUGGUGUUGGUGGUGGUGGGGCACUUCAACCGGACAACAAAGGGACGCACAGAGGAGCGCACUGCAGCCGGGAUAGGAUCACACGGUACCAGCAUCCAGUGUCAGCGACCAGCUCUCUGAACUCCUUAUUUCAUCUGUACUGGGAAAUAAACCAUCAGUCAUACUGGAGGUGACCGUCACAGAGGCGUUAAUUGCUCACGUAGACAGUACGGCCGUACUUGUGAGCCUCGGCAGCGAGAUGGAGAUGGAGCAUUUCGACGAGCGGGACAAAGGUCAGAGGAACAGCCGGUCCAGUGCGAGGAUGAACGGGGUGCUGAGUCCCACGCACAGCGCCCACUGCAGCCUGUACCGGACCCGGACCCUGAAGACUCUGACCGCGGAGAAGAGAGCCAAGAAGGUCCGCUUCUACCGCAACGGAGACCGGUACUUCAACGGGAUAGUGUACGCCAUCUCCACAGACAGGUUCCGGACCUUUGACGCCCUGCUGGCGGACCUGACCCGCUCCCUGUCCGACAACGUCAACCUGCCGCAGGGCGUCCGGACCAUCUACACCCUGGAUGGCAGCAAGAAGAUAACCACCAUCGAUCAGCUGGUAGAAGGUGACAGCUACGUAUGCAGCUCCAUCGAAGCUUACAAAAAGUUGGAUUACACAAAAAACGUGAACCCCAACUGGUCGGUGAACGUCAAGGCCUCAGCUGCAUCCUCUCGCGGGCCUCCCUCCCUGGGCAGCGCCAAGGCCAGUGCCCCCGAGAGCCGCGAAACCAAGGACUUCAUACGUCCGAAGCUUGUGACGGUGGUGCGGAGUGGAGUGAAGCCCCGCAAAGCUGUGAGGAUCCUGCUGAACAAGAAGACGGCCCAUUCCUAAGAACAAGUCCUGACCGACAUCACCGAUGCCAUCAAGCUUGACUCGGGGGUGGUGAAGAAGAUCUACACGCUGGAGGGCAAACUGGUGUCGUGUCUGCAAGACUUCUUUGGGGAUGAGGAUGUUUUUGUGGCGUGUGGACCGGAGAAGUUCCGCUACCAAGAUGAUCUGAUGCUGGACGAGAGUGAGUGUCGUAUGAUGAAGUCAGUGACCUAUGGAAAGAUGUCUGGCUCUCUGAGCCGAGGCUCCCCAAGGACCGCCAUCCAGUCACGGCGCAGCAAGUCUCCUGCAUCUGUGAACGGGACGCCGGCCAGUCAGCUGUCCACUCCUCAUUCGGGAAAAUCUCCCAGCCCCUCCCCAACCAGCCCGGGCAGCCUCAACCGACGCCGGGGGUCCCAGGGUUCUUCCACCUCUCUGUCUUCCACUAAAGUUUCAAGCUCAGUGGAAGACGGGGACGGACCUGUUACUGAAGCUGAGGUUCUGGUCGAUGAGGUUCCAGCUGUGCCAUCCUACAUAUCAGACCGCUACAAGGUGGGGCGCAUGUUAGGCGAUGGGAACUUUGCUGUCGUCCGGGAAUGUGUGGAGCACUCCACAGGCAGGGAGUACGCUCUGAAGAUCAUCAACAAGGGCAAAUGCAGAGGGAAGGAGCACAUGAUCCAGAACGAGGUUGCCAUCCUCCGCAGGGUCAAACAUCCAAACAUCGUUCUGCUCAUAGAGGAGGUGGACACCUACAGCGAACUUUAUCUGGUCAUGGAGCUGGUCAAGGGGGGAGAUCUGUUCGACGCCAUCACCUCUGCCAACAGGUACACAGAGAGAGACGCCAGCGGCAUGCUCUACAAUCUGGCCAACGCCAUCAAAUACCUCCACAGCCUCAACAUUGUGCACAGAGACAUCAAACCAGAAAACCUGCUGGUGUACGAGCAUGCAGAUGGCAGCAAAAGCCUGAAACUAGGAGACUUUGGUUUGGCGACUGUGGUGGAUGGACCCCUCUACACUGUCUGCGGGACCCCGACAUAUGUAGCACCUGAAAUCAUCGCAGAAACAGGUUAUGGCCUUAAGGUGGACAUCUGGGCAGCUGGAGUCAUCACCUACAUCCUGCUGUGUGGUUUCCCACCCUUCCGAGGGAGCAGUGACGAUCAGGAAGUGCUUUUUGACCAGAUACUAAUGGGACAGCUAGAAUUCCCUCUCCCGUACUGGGACAACGUUUCAGAGACAGCCAAGGAGCUGAUUCGAUCCAUGCUGGAGGUGGAGGUGGAUCAGAGAUACACAGCCCUCCAGGUGCUAGAGCACCCUUGGGUCACUGAUGAGGGUCUAUGUGAGAACGAUCAUCAGUUGUCAGUAGCAGGCAAGAUAAAGAAGCACUUCAACACCAGUCCGAAAGGCAACGACACCACUGCAGGAGUUUCAGUCAUUUCUUUGGAUGACAGCUUUUCUAUGCAGAGAUCUGGGUCGUUGGAUUUCUACCAGCACCCGGCCAUGUACUGGAUAAGGCCACCCCUCUUGAUAAGGAGGGGCAGGUUCUCAGACGAGGACGCCACCCGGAUGUGAAGCCGCUGCCUUUGCAGAUGAUGCCUACGAUGACAACAGUAACAACACCAACAACUAAAACACUACGGGCGGAGCCUCCCAGUUGCCUCC